AGACACACACAUUCACACUCUCAGACAGUGAGAGAGAGAGUGAGAGUGUGUGCGUGUGUACAAUGUCCGCCAUCGGCGGGGGUUCUGGCCGCACUCUCCCAGUACACAGCCGCAACGACUCUGCUGUUUGUACGGAGCGGCUGUGAGGGCUGAGGCUCACCGCCUGUCCCCGUCCCCUGCUCCACUCCGCUCUGUGGGUGAGGGAGUGAGGAUGGCCGCCUCGGCUGCCGCGGUUCAGGUUAAGCUGGAGCUAGGCCAUCGGGCCCAGGUUCGGAAGAAACCCACGGUUGAAGGAUUCACCCACGACUGGAUGGUGUUUGUCAGGGGGCCGGAGCACAGCAACAUUCAGCACUUUGUGGAGAAAGUCGUCUUCCACUUGCACGACAGUUUCCCCAGACCCAAGCGGGGUAAGCACGUGUGCAAGGAUCCACCGUAUAAAGUGGAAGAGUCAGGAUACGCUGGUUUUAUAAUGCCGAUUGAAGUGUACUUCCGAAACAAGGAAGAGCCCAAGAAGGUACGCUUUGAUUAUGAUUUAUUCCUGCAUCUUGAGGGACAUCCACCUGUAAAUCAUCUCCGUUGUGAAAAACUCACCUUCAACAAUCCAACAGAGGAAUUCCGUCGGAAGCUGCUGAAAGCAGGAGGGGAUCCCAAUAAGAGCAGCUCUAACAGUUUCUCCAAGUCGCACAAAUCCACGAAAGAGCACAAAGAUAAACCAUCUAAAGACUCAAAAGAGCACAAAAGUGCCUUCAAAGAACUUUCCAGGGAACACAGUAAAACGUCCAAAGAGCCUUCAAAGAAACCCAAAGAAAACAAACCACUAAAAGAUGAGAAAACUGUUCCUAAGACAGCAUUUAAGGAACCAAAACCAAUGUCAAAAGAGCCAAAAUCAUUGGAACACAGCAUGGUGAGUGGAGGCAUUCAGCAGGAUGUUAAGGCUCCAAUGAAGAGGCCUCCUAAUACAGACACUGAUGAACUUGUUGCUAAGAAGAAAAAGAAAAGCAGCUCUGAAUUUUUGUUUAAAAGCUUUUCCAGUGCCUCUGCACACCCACUUCUUUCUGAAAAAAAACUCAAUGACAGACCUCAAGUUAAAAUGAUAAAAAUCCCAACGGAAAAUGAAGUGAUUGAGAAAAAGAAGCCAAGUUUGCCACCAUUUGAAGAUAUUGUAAAUCCCAAUUAUUCUGCAGUAGAAGAUGAUAUAUCUACUAAAUCUGAGUCUCAACAGCCAAGUCCUGCUGGUUCUAGUUCCAGUUCAAAUUCCAGUUCAAGUUUUACACCAUCUCAAAACAAUAGACAAGGUCCAUUGAGAUCUAUAAUGGAAGAUCUCCAUUCUGAAGACAAUGAGUCUGAUGAAGAUAGGACUGGAAACCUGUCUGAUGUAGAGAGAUCGCUGAGUACUCAUUGUGGAAGCAGAGGACACAGAAUGAGUUUGAGCGAUGGGAGCGACAGUGAGAACAGUGGCCGAUCCACCCCACCCAGAAAUGAAGCACCUCCAUUAUUAAAAGCCAACAACAGCAAUAACCAGGUGUUAGAAGUCAAAAGCCCAUUAAAGCAAGGCAAACCUGAGAAAACAAUAAAGAAUGGUGAAUGUGACAAGGCAUAUCUGGAUGAGUUGGUUGAACUUCAUAGAAGACUAAUGACGCUUCGUGAGCGGCACAUACUACAACAGAUUGUGAAUCUAAUAGAAGAGACUGGACAUUUUCAUAUUACAAACACAACAUUUGAUUUUGACCUUUGCUCACUGGAUAAAACCACUGUUCGCAAACUGCAGAGUUACCUGGAGACUUCGGGAGCUUCCUGAGGGGAAAAACGACCCCGGCCACAAGCUGGAGACUUGAACUUUCAGUGACGCAGCCCAUAUGAACUGCCUAUAGAGCGACUUACUGCAGCUUUUUUUUUUUCCCAGUCUAACAUCCUUCUCAUCCCUAAACACGUUGCAGGGUUGAGUAAGUACUGAGAGAUUUGACAUGUCCUGAUCAGCCUAAGGAAAGCUCUGGGAAUGUUGGACUGGGAUUUCCAACAUCUCCAUCACCUUCCGACCCUGGAUACUUGCUCUUCAUGUCUCCGUGUGGUGUCCAAGUUCACAUGGCAAACGUGCAUGUGCAACCUGCCUUAGUAUAUAACUGAUCUAUUUAUUGAAGAUAAAUGACUGAAAAAUAUUCUUGCAUCUUUGGAACAACACUACUGGACAUUGAGCACUCGGUUCGCAUUUAUUACCACGGCUUGUGAAUGCAGUAGGAAUCAGUCGCCGGAUGUCUGGUGAAUUUAUCUACACUCUUAAUUUUCUUUUGUAAACUAGCUGCGAUAGUAGGGACACUAUAUGUGACUACACAAAAUGUAGCCUUAGUAACUGAAAACUGUAGUGCUUUAAAUUCUAUUAUUGUGCACUGUUCUUUGAAAUGUUACCAGCUUUGUUUUAAUUAGUGAUCAAUCGAGAUGAAUAUUAUCUGCAUAAUCACCAAUCAAACAGGUUUUCUCUUUCUUGCUUCUGUUCUUCACAAUGAAUGGGAUUAUUUUUUUGGUGGUGUCAAUUUUCAUGAUUUAUUAAUGAACACUGCAGCUUUAUUCUCACACACAUUUGUCUCCAGAAGUAAAUGUGCAUCUCUCAUGUCUUGCUCACUUUGCUCACAUGGGUUUGCACUGGUACAAACCCAUGUGCAUUCUUUUGUUACUCAAUCCCACAAUGGCAAAGGUCACGUAAUUGAUGAAGUGCAGAUGAGAUCUUCUCCCAACCAGGCUGGUUGAUCACUAGUUUAAAGCUUUUGCCAUUUCAGAUGUAUUUAAUUUUCUUUUUAAAGACUUUAUGUGGGAUUGUCUAAAAUAUUCUGUUGCCAAUUUUCUGUAAGUUUAUUGAAGAAAAUUAAUUUGGGAUUAAUUAUUUAUUUGAAAAAGCACCCUUCACUGCCAAGUCUGUUUUUGCUGUCUUUACCAUUCCGGUAAGGUGUCCAUUAUAUCUGUCCAUCCUAUGGAUACUAUUAUGAAUAGAUUUUUCUUUUGUAAGUACAAUGCUUCAAAGGAGUCUUUUGAGGAGACCUUAACUGUUACUUUCAGUCCAAAGAGGAAAUGGAUUUUUAAUACUUUUUUAUUACCGAAGAUUCAGAAGUCGCUUCCAGCAGACCAAGUGUACUUUCCAAUGAUAACGAGGUUCAAAUAAGUCAUUGUGCCCAUUACUUGAAAUGUUAUCUUGUUAGUGUACCUUUAAUGUGCAAUUCCUAUCAAAAGAAACAGACUGAUCUUUUAUAAAAGAAAUGGAGAAAAGACGACUCAACUUCAUGUAAUGUUCAGUGUAUGUUUUCAAUUGCCAUUAUUCUUUGAUUUUUUUUUUGUUGUAUAUAUGGUAAAGCCCACGCAUUCUUUCCAGGAGAAAAUAAAAUCUCCUACCAGUCUCCAGACAAUUGACUUGGUAAUUUGAACCCGAUUUAAUUUAUAUAGUUGUUUAGUCCAUCUUAAUUGUUGUGGCUAAAUCAUGUGGUACAACUCCUUUAAAUUUUGUGAGCAAUUUUACUAAAUUUGAAUGCAAUUCAGUCCUGUGAUUCCAAUCAACGCAUUCUUUAAUUAAAUAUACUCAGUGCGUUCAGACAUUAAAAAAAGCAAUGUAGUAAACACCAUUUCCUAUUUCAUUAGGGCUGGCUUAGAAAAAAGGUUUGGUUUCAUUGCUUGCCUCAAAGGGAAAAUAUAUCGUAUUUGAACAUCAAUGGUUUAAACCAAAUGUGUUUCUUUUUAAUCAAAUGAAGAUGGGAAUGAACAAAAAGCAAAGUACCCAGUCAGGCAGCAUCUGUGGAAGGAAUAGAAGAUGACUUUUUGGGUUGGGAGCCUUUCAGAAGAUGGAAAUGAAUUGAUGUAUUAUAGUGUUUCAAAGUGAACCACCAGUCUUAAAUCUUUUUUGCAAAAGGCAC